CAUUUUUUUUGUUAUUUUUUUUUCUUAAUUAUCAUUUUUCCUAUUUUUAUCAAAAAUAUCUGCUGUUUUAUUAUUUAAUUCAAAGGGAGAAAUAUUUAAAACAUUUAAAAAAACUUAAAACUUUUAUUAUUUAUGAAAAAACCUAAAUUAUUUAAUUUAUUAGGAACAUUUGCUGCUACGUUUGCCUAUGAGUAUAAUCCCGGUAACAGCGAUUACAGACCUGAAAACUGGGCCCAAAUGGAUAGUCCAAACAAUAUCCAGUGUGAUUGGGCGAAUCAAAGUCCAAUUGAUCUUCAAACGCAAUUUGUUCUUAUACAAUCAAGAGCAAAUUCUCUUUCGAUUACGAAUCUCAGAACAAUGCCAGAAAAUGUUGUUUUAACAAAUGUAGGACAUGGUGCAGAAAUUUCGUUUGAAUUUGCCAAUAAUGAUAAUAUGGUAGUUACUGGUGGGCCUUUAAAUGAUCAAUUUAUAGUAGCUCAAGCCCAAUGGCAUUGGGGUACAGCGGAUUGCGCUGGAAGUGAACAUAUGCUCAAUUCUCAAAGAUAUUCAGCAGAAGUACACAUCGUAACAUACAACUCAAAAUAUGCAUCACUUGAAGACGCAGCAGAUAAAUAUGACGGUCUUGCUGUCUUAGGAUUUCUCUAUGAGGUUGACGAGGCUGCAAACUCAGAUUUUCCACAAUCAGUUCAAACUAGCCUUGGAGGAAUUACAUUCGGAUGCGACUCUACUACUGUCUCUCCAUUUCCAUUAAUUGAUCUGUUCAGAACUGAAUUCUUUGAUUAUAUAGCUUACAGCGGUUCACUGACAACACCACCUUGUUAUCAGACCGUGCAAUGGAUGGUUUCAACUAAACCCUUGAAAAUAUGGUCAUCCGAUUUAGAUGCACUCCGUUCUAUAAACGAUGUAAAUGGAUCCCCACUUCUUCGUAAUUUCCGACCAUGUCAAAAUAGCUAUAGUCGUGCUUUGAAUGGAUAUUAUCUAUAAAUUAAUAUCCUUCGGAAUUGAAAAACAAAAUUCCAACAUCUGUUUUGUUGCAUAUUUGAACAACCUGUAAUCUAAUAUGACGACUUUUCAACAAAAGCGUGUUCACUUAUUCCAGAGAUAAUAAAAUAAUUGACAUGCUGCUGAAAAAUAAA